CAGUAGCCGACAUCGUGGUCGCAACAUGAGGAAGACUAUCAAAGUUACUGUGCAAGAGGCGGAGGAAGGGAAGCCGCUAGAUGAACCUGUGGACUUCGAAACGGCGAUUUCGCUAACAGGCUUCGGGAAGUUUAACUACAUGCUGCUGCUGGUGGCCUUCCCGGCAGCCAUGGUCAGCGUCUUCGACACAACAACGAUGGCUUACAUUCUGCCAGUGGCGCAGUGCGACCUGGGCCUUACCAACCUAGACAAGGGUGGCCUCAAUGCCAUCACCUACGCCGGCAUGAUCACUAGUGCGUUCAUGUGGGGCGGCCUGUCGGACACGCUGGGCCGUCAGCGCCUGCUCAGGAUCAGCCUGAUAGUGGACGGGCUGCUGGCGCUCGCCUCGGCGUUCGCUGUCCAGCUGUGGGCCAUGUUCCUGCUACGGUAUCUAGUCGGCUUCACGGUGUGCGGCCCGUACGCCAUGCUGAUGUCGUUCUUGGCGGAGUUCCACAGCACCAAGUACCGCUCACGCUGCAUAAUGUUCACCGGCAUCGGAGUCGCCACCGCCAACUACCUCAUUCCCUCGUUCGCGCUGGCUCUGCUGACGCAGACGUGGGGAUUGGAGGUGGGCAGCGGCCUGGUGCUCAAGCCGUGGAACGUGUUCAUCAUGGCGUGCUCGCUGCCCGCGUUGCUAGCUGGCACCCUCAUGUCUUUCUUCCCGGAGACGCCCAAGUUCCUCAUGUCGAAGGGCCGCAACGGGGAGGCGCUCGCCGUCUUCCGCAAGGUCUACGCCCUCAACACCGGCCGCAGCCCUGACUCAUACCCGGUGCAGCGGCUGGUGGACGAGCUGGAACUGCGCAAGGCGUCUGUGGCGAGCACCAUGAGCGUCCACCAGAGCGCCAUCCAGGGCCUGAAGAACGCCUGGCUCCAGAUGCGACCCCUCUUCGUCAUGCCGCAGCUGCCCAAGGCCGUGCUCUCCUUCUCCAUACAGAUCCUAUGCUUGUUCAGCAUGAACACGAUUCGACUGUGGUUACCGCAGAUCUUCGCGACCAUGGAGGAUUUCGAGAACAUACCUUCACCGAAGAGUACAGUGGCCAACAGCCGACUUUACAUCAACUCUAUUAUCGUGGGUGUGGUGUCUGCGUUGGGCUACAGCUGCGCGGGGCAGUUCGUCAACUGGCUGGGCUACCGAACUCUGAUGAUGAUCUGCUUCUUCUCGAGUGGAGCUUUCGGCAUCGGAGUCCAGUGGUCGACCAACACCGACCUGACGCUGGCCAUGCUGUCGCUGUACCUGGCGCUCGUCGGCAUCUGCUCCACCUGCAUGAUGGGCGUCGUCGUCACCAUAUUCCCCACCUCUCUAAGGACCACGGCUGUCAGCCUGACCAUGAUGUUCGGCAGAAUCGCUGCUCUAUCGGGCAACGUCAUCUUCCCUGUGCUGCUGGACAUAAGCUGUCAGCUGCCUUUCUUCAUUGUUAGCGGUGUCAACAUAGCUAACGCUGCUUUCACUCGCUUGCUGCCCGUCACCAAGGGCAAGACGUUAGCGUGA